CUUCUGCACAUGCACACACACACACCUCCAUGGACUAAAUUGCACACGGGGACCCACAGCGACCAUCAUAUACUGCAAGUGAGCUGGCUAUGCAUUCAUCAAGCAGAUAAUUGACCUUUCAAUCAAACAGAAAAAAGCAGAUCACACACUGGAACGCACUUUUUCUUUCUUUUUUUACUUUAUUUCUAAACAUCCCGGUGCAGGAAAAAGGAAAACCAUCUUUGUGCUGAUUGUGGAUUAGAAAGAUCCGGAGGUUUUUAUUAUUAUUAUUAGGCUGAGACAAGGAUCCAAAGGGAUAUAACCAGGAAUUAAUCAACUAAAAGAGGCGAAAAAAAGUUUCCCUGCUUCAUCAUGCCGAGGUACGACUUGUUACCAUGUUUGAUGGCGCUCAUCUUCCUGGGACUGUCAGGGAGCGACGAGCCCAAUCUGCUGAUGCCUUCUGCCAGCGAGACGCCCACGGACGCGGAUCUGUCCCUGCUGGACGAGGACGCCGGCUCCCACGAGUGCUCCGCGUGCGUGUGGAGGGAGCAGAGCAAGGUGCUGCGGCUGGAGACUAUUAAGUCCCAGAUCCUGAGCAAGCUGCGCCUGAAGCAGGCGCCCAACAUCAGCAGAGAGGUGGUCAACCAGCUGCUGCCCAAGGCGCCCCCGCUCCAGCAGCUCCUGGACCAUCACGACUUCCAGGGAGACGCGUCGGCCCAGGAUGAGUUCAUGGAGGAGGACGAAUAUCACGCCACGACCGAGUCCGUGAUCACCAUGGCCUCUGAGCCGGAGCCCCUUGUGCAGGUGAAUGGGAAGCCCAGCUGCUGCUUCUUCAAGUUCAGCCCUAAACUGAUGUUCACUAAGGUACUGAAGGCCCAGCUAUGGGUGUAUCUACGACCACUGCAGCAGACCUCCACCGUCUACCUGCAGAUCCUGCGGUUGAAGCCAGUCACGGAACAGGGGAGCCGCCACAUCCGCAUCCGUUCCCUGAAGAUCGAGCUCAACUCCAGGGCCGGCCAUUGGCAAAGCAUUGACUUCAAGCAUGUGUUGCAGAACUGGUUUAAACAGCCCCACACCAACUGGGGAAUCGAUAUCAACGCCUUCGAUGAAAGCGGCAAUGACCUGGCAGUUACCUCUCUGCGGCCCGGGGAGGAGGGGCUGCAGCCGUUCCUGGAGGUGAAGGUUCUUGAGACCGCCAAACGUUCUCGAAGGAACCUUGGUUUGGACUGCGAUGAGCACUCCACUGAGUCUCGCUGCUGCCGCUACCCUCUGACUGUGGACUUUGAGGCCUUCGGCUGGGACUGGAUCAUUGCCCCCAAGCGUUACAAAGCCAACUACUGCUCCGGCCAGUGCGAGUACAUGUUCAUGCAGAAGUAUCCGCACACCCACCUGGUGCAGCACGCCAACCCGCGCGGCUCCGCGGGGCCCUGCUGCACCCCGACCAAGAUGUCCCCCAUUAACAUGCUUUACUUCAACGACAAGCAGCAGAUCAUUCAUGGCAAGAUCCCAGGGAUGGUGGUGGAUCGGUGCGGCUGCUCCUAGGAUGUGAAAGAUACACACACUUAAAUUCAACCCUCAUUAAACCACCCAAAACCCUAACGGAGCUCUCCACUCCACAUUUCACUUUCGCUCGAAACAUCCUGCUGGGUUUCCAUUUUUUUUUUUUUUCAGUAAUUAAUUUGAUUCUAACUGUAUAAAAAGUUAUAAAUGAAAAAAAAGAAUCAAAAAAAGAAAAAAGCUAAAGAUGGAAAUACAGUAUUUAAUGAAUGAUUCGGGUCUGCUUGUGGAGCAGCCUCAGAAAACGGUGAGACAAAACUAUGUUCUAGAGUCCAUGUUAGUUUUGUGAUUUCUAUUUUUUAUGGCAUCUUUGUGAAGUGUCCAGGUUAGUGGAAUGUGGUGACAGCUGACAUGAGUAUAUUUCAUCAAGCAGCGUCAGUUUCUUAGGGUUUGUUCCAAAAUAUAUUUGAGUUUCAGUUACUCUUACUUUUGGGAAAUAAAAAAAAAAGUAUCCAUUUAGAUUUCUGCAAAGAAGUUGAGAAGGGCGGGGGGGCAUGAUCAUUAUCAUUUUGCAAUUCAUGCAUUUUAAAACAUCUCAAUAGCUGCAAAUAAUAUUGACGACAAAAACAAACAGAGGUUUUACUUUUACUUAAAAGAUGUUUGGACAAAUUUAGAAUGUUGUCUGCUGAUGUUUAGGAAACUAAACGAAAAUCCAAAACCAAAUCUGUUUCCUCUUAAUGGCUUUGAUAUUUACACUUUUUAAGUUAAUUAAACUUUUACCUGGUUUAAUUCUGUAAAACAUGAAGCAGAAGUCCCAGAACAUGUAGAUGGGAAAGAUUUAGCCAAUAACACUCAAUUGAGGUCUGAGAUGAAAACAUUGUGCGAAUGCAGUUGUGGAUUUAGAGGGAAGAAAGGACAACCUUCAGCUAGGUCAUUUAGAAACGGUAACAUGUGAUCCCAUUUAUCAUAUAUCACUAUAUAAUUAAUCAAUAAAUUAAAAAAUGUAUAAAUACAAGUCAUAAAAAUACAACUUUGCAACAAUACAAGUUCAAAUCACAAAUUUACAAGUACAAAUUAAUGAGUACAUAUCAGACUUUUAUUCUUACAAAUCACACAAA